CCCCGGGCACGCAACCCGCCAUAUUUGAAGAUUCAGACGGGCAAAAUUGAAAAAUGUAAAUUAAAAGAUUGUUGUAAAAUGAAUAAGAGAUUGUUUUCAGGGGAAGACAGUCCAUCAGCUUCAGAUUUUGACUUCGAUACAACAUUAGAGAGGAACAUUAGUCAAAUCAUUGAUGUACUGGAUAGUGGUGAAAAUAGUGACAAGAAUGAGCAGUCUGAUUCAUCUACAUCUAACGUACAUGUACUGGAAGGUGUCCGAGCAUAUGUAGAGGUCAGAACUAACAAUGAUAAUCGAAGUGAAGCUGUUUGUUGUAUGUUAAGAAAUCUGGGUGCAGAGAUAGAAAAAACUUUUACAAGUACAGUUACUCAUGUUAUAUUUAAAGAUGGCACCAAAAGAACGAUUGAUAAAGCCAAGAAAAAAGGACUUCAUCUGGUAUCGGUUCUAUGGGUCGAUAGUUGUAUGCGAAAUAAACGGCAUGUUACUGAGAAUAUGUAUCCAGCUGUUCUACCAGAAAAAAAUAAAUCAACACCAAUUUUUUUUAAAAGGAAUCGUUUAAAAAAAAUGAAAUCUAUGCAGCCAAAUGAUUUUGAUGAUGAUGUAGCAAGAAGUUCUGAGAGAUACGAGAGAAAACGUAAGAAGGAAGAAGAACGUUUAGGAUUAUCAGGGAAUACAACACCAGUGGCAUCACCUAGAAUAUUAGCUUAUGAUACUGUUCCUCGUUCACCGCCCUCACCAUCUGAUUGGAGAUCACCAAUACCAUUAGUUAUACCUAAUACACCAGCUAGUAUGAAAGAUCAGAUAUCUAAAAUACGACAAGCUAGAUUAAACAGUUCAGAAUGUAGUGGAACAGAUUCACCUUUAGUUGGUGUUAAACCAUUUCAACCAUUACACAGAAAAUUAUUCAAUGGAAAUGAAUCUAGUGAUACACCAACUGGUGAAAAAGCUGAUGUACCUGUAAGACAGGAAACUGAUGAAGAUAAUAGUAACCAUAGCAAUAAUAAAAUGGACUCUUCCUGUCCAGAGACUGUAUCAAAGCGAAAACUAUUCAAUGUGCUCAACGCUAAUUCACCCAAACCAUUUUUAGUUAAACCUACCCAUAGUUCAGAAAGUAAUCUCCCAAAUUUAACAAAUUCCAAUCCCAGAUUAGCUACAUUAAAAAAGGUCACAAAUGGGGCAAAGUUGAAAGGUCGAAAGAGAAAAAUAGAGACUGAGUCAGACAAUAGUUUGACAGAAAACGACAAAACUCCAAAAAGAUCAAAAACUUUGACUAAAGAUCCUGUUCCACUAGUGAAACCUGUUAAAAAUAUUCAUGCUCAAUAUUUGGCCGAUAAAUUAGACUCGGGUUCUAGUUCACAAGAAAAACCCAUGCUAGAAAGCAUUUAUAGUAAAAAUUCAGAGGAAGUUAACUCUAAAGCAUCUAGUCAUAGGAGAAGCAGUCGACGUUCUUCAGUUUUAAGUAAAUCAAAUAAUUCUUCCUUGAGUGAUAACUCUACUAAAACACCUGAUUGUUCUUCUACGAUAGAAAAUGUGUCUUUAAAAUCUAAGAAAUCUUCAUUAAGUGAAAAUCGGGCAGACACACCUAAACUGUUAAACAGACGUGUUUCUAUAGCAGCAACACCUGACCUUUCCACCACCAGCAUCAAUUCUCCGCGACGUAGUUCACGAAGAAUGUCAGUUGCAAGUUUUCCGGAAACGGAAUCUCCGAAUAUCACUCAAAGAACGAAGCGUGGUACUAAGAGUACCACAAAUAGUAUUAGUGAAAAUGGUAUGGAUAAUCUACAUAAUCAAAAGUCCCUGUCACCAAGUUCUAAAAAAUGUCCACAAAAACCUAAAAGAUUAUCGCGGCAGUUUGAUCUAGUUCAUGAUGAAACAAUAGAGAACGCAGAUUCUUCCAGAAACGAAACCACUGGAUUUUUAGGAGCGUCAAUGUCAACUGUUUUUGGCGACUCCACACUGGCUUCAUUGAAUUUAUCACAAUCUAGACGUAGUAUUGACGAUUUUAAGAUAUUUACUCACAAGAAGAACAAACAUAGCAAUGUAUUGUCAAGCAUUUCGGAAAAUGACCAAAACACAUCAAAAACUACAAAGAGAAAAUCAAAAUCAACUAAACACAAAUCGAACAAUAAAGUGACAGAUGUAGAAAACCUUUCCAUGGAACUUCCUGAUGAUGAAACUGGGAAGCAUGUUGGGUCUAAUGUCAGUUUGCGGAGAGCUAACUCAUUUUGUCGUGAGAAAACUGUGGAUGAUAUCUCCGCUAAAGCAACUCGGCCAACCAUUGUAAUGACCAGUAUGCAUACUAAUGAACAGGAAGUUGUGAGUGCUGUGGUUAAGAAGUUAGGAGGAUUUCUAUUGGUUGAUAAUGUCUGUGAUACGACCACUCACGUUGUGUGUGGUGAUUCAAGGCGAACUCUGAAUAUAAUAAAUGGAAUGGCUCGUGGAUGUUGGAUGGUUUAUAAAGAAUGGGUUCUUAAAUCACUGGAUAAUGAAGAGUGGCUGGAUGAAGAAGACUAUGAACUCUGUGAUACUUUCCCUCAAGUUAAGAUAACCAGGAAAGAACGCCAGCUACAAGGAAAGAAUUAUCAACAGACAUUAUUUACUGAUAUUGGUUCAGUAUUUAUAUCUAGUAAAUGUUUACCACCGAGAUCAGCAGUGGUCAAUCUACUCAGGUUGUGUGGCGGCCAGGUAACUGGUUCUGCUAGUCGUUGUGAUAUAUUUAUUGGUAAUGAUCCAAACAGAAAUAAAACAAGUAUUAAACCUGUCUGGAUUCUAGAUUGUAUAAUGGAACAGAAACUAUUGAACUACAACCAACCCAAAUAUUUACUGAAUCAAACAUUUAACAGAGAAAGUAGUCCAGAAUUUUGACAGUCUUAAAAUUAAUUAUUAAUGAAUUCAGAUUAUGUAUCACUAUUACAUAAUAAUAAUAAUAAUAAUAAUAAAUUUCUAGUGCUGAACAUUCAGUCUGUUUGAUGUCUAUAUAGAUACAAUAUAGUUAGCAUUCUUCUCUUACAAGUAUUUAUUUUUUAAGUUACUCAUUUUGACCUCUCUGAAAAAUAAUAUGUCCAUUUAUAUAAUGCCAAAUCCAGAUCAAGAAAUUUUCACAAGCAUUCAAUCUGAUUAAAAUACAGAUCUAUAUUUCAUUUCAUUUUUUUAUACUUUUGAUGGCCUCUACUACAUGACGAUUUGACCAGGUGUAGUGGAAGGUUGCAUCAGGGGUCAUACCUGUGGCUUUUGAUCCUAUGCUGUCAGUCAUUUGAUUAACCAAUCAGCCUAUAACAAUUGGCUAAUCCCUCACAUCAUCCAGAACAGAGUUAUAUUACAAAUCUUUCCAGAUCCUAGUGUAGUUAAGACAAGUAAAAUAAAAUUUUGAACUAUAAAAAUGAAAUGAAAUAGGAUCUGUGUUUUAUUCAGAUUGACAAGCAUUCAUUAUGAAAUUAAAGUACAGUUCAGGGUAUAUAGGAUGUAGACAGUUCUAUAAUUAACAAUUGUUUUAAUAAUAGUUCCUAUAUUAAUAUUCUUUAGUUCCCUCGGUAAGUUACUGACAGGACAUAUGUUACAGAUGUGAUAGAGCGCGCACGCUAUUUUUGGAUCAUUAACUGGUCGCUAACUGCUGCUCAUCUUGUUGUUGUUUUUCUUCUUCUUGGGGCGACACUCUUCAAAAAAGUCUAAGUCUCCGUCAAAUCCAGUCCGAUUGACAUGAAAAUUGGCAUGCUUCUUUGAACAAUUCUGAAUCGAUUUGGUGAAUUAAGAUUUCAUCCAACAAUGGUCAGUUCCUGGUCCAAAGUAUGAUUGUAAUCAUUAAAAGUUUUAACCCAACUGACCUUUGACAUUGCUAUGCAAAAACAUGGAUUUUGGCAUCUCUCAACAUUAGAUUUAGAGAAAAGGCAAAGCUGCUGGUGUUUCUGUUUACACAAGUCAAAAUGGCAACUGAAACCCUAUACAACGAUUGUCACAACUCUAGACUUGGCAAAUAAAAAGGCUUUGCUCUCACAUGAAUUCUCAAGAUUAUAUACAAUGAUUGUAUCUGUAAAAGUAAUUCUUAUUUAUGAAUGCAUUUAUGACAUUUUAUAGAUAAUUCUUAUUUAAAAAUGAAUUGAUGACAUCUUUGAUCAAACUGUUGAUGUAUGAAGAUGUAUUGAAAAUAAUCAGUAUUUUUAUUAAUACUCAAAUGUUAAUACUGUAGCUUGUUGUAUUUUACUAUUAAACUGAAUUUAUUAUUUGGAACCCUUGAUCGGAAAUUGUAAUCUGAGAUUCUUUACAGUGUCAAGUG